AUGUCCGUCUCACAAGAAAUUGGUGCCUCCAUUCCCAACAACACCGAGCACGCCGUAUCGGUCACUUUGCCUACGUGGAAGGCCACUGUCGGCUACGAAGAAGGCGAAGACUGGGUUGUUAGCAAGAUGAACUCUGGCUAUCCAAGAUUUUUCAUCCACCUGAAGAUUAAAGAAUUGGCCCGCUACAUCGAGACUCAGUACGGUCGCGACGGUGAGCAAUGCAUGAUAUUCCCAACCCCAAACGUUGCCAAAGAGUGCCGUGACUUUAUCAAGGCCAAAUCCUCUUGUACUUCUGUCAGGGUACUUAGAUUAUCUACUCCGGCCCCUAAGUCUGAAGACGAGGCGAUGACCCGCAUUGAAACCAGCAUCGGGGUUGUGUUCUUUCCAGAAAGUGAGUUCCCCGUAGCCAAACAAUAUUGGCAGCACGCCGGUCAAGGGAUUAGUUCCAGAAUGGGUGAAUACUGUUUGUCGGAGUUUCAAUAUGCCGAUAAGUUGAAGAAUGGCCCUUCUCCAUCGGGGUCCACCAUCUCCGCGUUGAGACCCCAGACUCAGCACGCUCAGCCAGAAAAGCUGGGGGUUGUGAACUCGGAGAAGGAAUCUUCCAUGUUCAUUGAAGAAAAGUUCGGCCGCAACUUAAACUUUAAGGAUGCCCAAAAUGCGAAGGAUAUCAUCAGAAAGCGGAUCAGUGGUAAAAUUGAUGCCUCUAGCGAAAGCGCCGCUGGCGAACUGCAUGUGUCGGGUAGAGACGUUUUCUUGUAUCCAUCUGGUAUGGCAGCGAUCUACAAUUCCCACAAGGCUCUUUUAUCCACCGCCACUAAUCCCGGAAAAUCGGUGUGCUAUGGGUUCCCAUAUGUUGACACGUUGAACAUUUUGCGUAAAUGGGGCCCUGGUUGCAUUUUCCUAGGCUUUGGCGAUGACGCUGCGUUCCAAGAAUUGGAGACCCUUUUGGAAACUGGUGGAGAUGAAAGCAAGAUUUUGGCGGUCUUUUGUGAAUGUCCGUCCAAUCCUUUAUUGAAAACUCCUAACUUGCCGGAAAUUCGUCGCUUAGCAGACAAGUAUGGCUUCGCUGUUGUGGUGGAUGAAACGGUGGGUAACAUUGUGAAUAUUCAUGUGUUGCCAUACGUGGAUAUGGUGGCUUCCUCCUUGACAAAGGUCUUCUCUGGGGAUUCUAACGUCAUGGGUGGUUCGUUGGUCCUCAACCCAAAUGGUCCGAAGUACGCUACAUUGACAAAGUAUUUUAGCGAGACCUACGACGAAAACUUGUUCUUUGCUGAAGACGCCUUGUAUUUGGAAAGGAAUUCUCGUGAUUUCGCCGCUAGAUCCGACAAAAUUAAUGUCACGUCCGAACUGGUUGUUGAUUUGUUGGUCAACUCUCCAUUGAUUAAAGAUAUCUUCUAUCCGUCUCUUUUGCCGACAAAAAAGUACUACGAUUUGGUCAAAACCCCACAGGGGGGUUAUGGUGGCUUGAUUUCCUUUGUAUUCCAUAACCCGGAACACGCUAUUGUCUUUUUUGACUCUUUGAAAUUGUCCAAGGGUCCUUCGUUGGGUACCAACUUCACGUUGGCUUGUCCCUAUGCUAUUUUGGCCCAUUACGGAGAAUUGGAUGAAGUCGAAAAGUGGGGUGUUGAUAGAAACAUUGUCAGGAUCAGUAUUGGUUUGGAAGAUCGUGACGAAUUGUUGAAGGUGAUUAAGCAAGCUUUAGAUGCAGCCCAGGAUAAGGUUUGA